CAAAAUAAGAAGAGAAAGCAGAGGGAACAUGGAGACCGAGAAGGAGUUCCAGUACUGCAGGAAUUGUCAAAAAGAUGUGGCUUCCACCAACUUCUCCCUCCACGAGGCCCACUGCCUCCGCUUUCUGAUUGUCUGUCCGAUCUGUGACGAACCCAUCCAGAAGAAAGAAGAGAAGGCACAUCAGGCAAUAGCUCACCAGAAGGUGCGAUGCCAGUUGUGCCAACAAAGUAUGCAGCAGUAUCUGCUGGAGGAGCAUAAGGACCAGUGCACCAAGCGUCUAGUCCAGUGUGAAUUCUGCGAGGUGGACGUGCCCUUCAGCGGCCUGCAGGAGCACAAGGACCAGUGCGGAGCCCGGACGGAGCUCUGCUCCGACUGCCACAAGUACGUCCUCAUCAGAGACCAGAGCCGGCACAAGGAUGUCUGUCUGAACGUCAAGCACCAAGCCCCAAAGAAGCAGGUUCUUUGUCCAAACUGCAAACAAGAGAUUCUGAAAUCCCAGUUUUUCCAGCAUCAGAACCAAUGCAACCCACUCUCUGCAUUCACCAAGUUGCUGUCCACCCAUCACUUUAGAAAGUCAAAAAAUCCUCUCUCCGGGCCCAACUCGUCUUUUCCUGACCAAGCCGCUGGAGGAAGAGCGAAGGAGCCUCUCAAGGAGGAAAAGGGGAAGGAGUUCCCAUCGGCCUCCAAGCCUGUGGCCAGAAAGUGGUAUUCGGGCAGAGAGGCAAGGGGCGGCCUGGCUCUCGCUUCAGCCGAACGUCCCUGGGGACCACAGGCUCCCGGAGACGAGAGCGAAUUUGAUGUGCUGGAUAGCUGCCCCCAGUGCCACAUCCUACUCCCCAAGCCGACACUGCACCUACACCAGAAGAAGUGCCUCUUUUUAGCUUCUCUGAAAAGCUUGAAACUGAACUAAGGGCUUCCUUCACCAAAAGGGGUUUUGGGAAGUGAAAAUUGGACGAAUCUACUCUUUCUAUCAAAGAGCACUAAUAUUUUUUUCUCCUCUGCUGGCCUCUUUGAACUUGGCAUUUGCGUAAUAAUAAAGAAUCGUUCUGCUA